AUGCCGGGCCAGGAAAAUCAGACUUCUGAUGUCACCUUCAUCCUCUUGGGCUUCUCAGAAUAUCCAGAUAUUCAGGUGCCCCUGUUCCUGGUCUUCCUGACCAUCUACACAGUCACUGUGCUGGGGAACCUGGGCAUGAUCAUGGUCAUCAGAAUCAACCCCAAACUCCACACCCCCAUGUACUUUUUCCUCAGCCACUUGUCCUUUGUUGAUUUCUGUUAUUCCACCACCGUUACCCCCAAACUGCUGGAGAACUUGGUUGUGGACGACAGAACCAUCUCCUUCACAGGAUGCAUCAUGCAAUUCUCCUUUGCCUGCAUAUUUGUGGUGACAGAAAUAUUCAUGCUGGCUGUGAUGGUCUAUGACAGAUUUGUGGCGGUGUGUAACCCUCUGCUCUACACAGUUGCAAUGUCCCAGAGGCUUUGCUCCUUGUUGGUGGCUGCAUCAUACUCCUGGGGGACAGUCUGUUCCUUGACAAUUACCUUCUUUCUCCUGGAAUUAUCCUUCAGAGGAAAUAAUAUCAUGAAUAACUUUGUGUGUGAGCCUGCUGCCAUUGUUGCUGUGUCAUGCUCUGACCCCUAUGUGAGUCAGAAGGUCGUUUUAGUUUCUGCCGCAUUCAAUGAAAUAAGCAGCCUGAUGAUCAUUCUCACUUCCUAUGCUUUCAUUUUUAUCACUGUCAUGAAGAUGACUUCCACUGGGGGGCCCAAGAAAACCAUCUCCAACGGGGCCCCCCAACCGAACCCCAAUAACAAUUUCCAAGGGAACAAACUUUUUCUCUAUUGUGUUCCUAACUCCAAAAGUUCAUGGCUCAUGGUCAAGGUGGGCUCUGUCUUUUACACAGUGGUCAUUCCCAUGCUGAACCCCUUGAUCUAUAGCCUCAGGAACAAAGAUGUUAAAGAGACAGUUAGGAUGUUAGUCUUCACCAAAUUAUUAUGUCUCAUAAGGUCUAGAAGAUGAACUUAUUUCUAUUCAAGAAUAUUGUGCAGAACUGCCCAAAAGUCCAGAAUUGCUAACAAUCCAAAUUCCUUUUUCAAACAGGAAAGCAUUGCAUGUAUUUAAUAUAACCCCUAGUUAGGUGGUUUUUUGACAUCUGUUUAAAUUCUAGUAGAUUAGCUAACAAGUAAUACAGUAACAUAAUCUCUAAUGAUUUAACUUGUCAUUAAGUCAGAAUUUGUUAUGUAAAGAUUUCUGAGUUAAUAUACAUUUUCCUUUUGCUGCCCAGGUAAGCCUUGUUUUCUUUUUCAGUUGUUGGAAAAUGGUCUUGUAGAUUUGUUCUGAAAAUUUAUAGCUUACCAUGAAGGUGGAUAUAGCAAAUGCAAUACAGUAAACUAAGAGAGGUUCAGUAUUCAGACACUAAAUUUAAAAGAAAUAGUUAUUAAAUUCCACAUAGAGUACAUUGGUAUGUGUAUAAGGCAUACAUCUGCCCAAAAAGUCCAGAAUGUUGUUUGGUAAAAUUGUAUUCGUUUACAUAAAAUUUUAUUUGUUCAUUGUAUACAAUAUAUCAAAAACAACAAUAGUCACAUAUUUUAGAAAUAGCUAUUUUGAAAUCUGAAUUUGUCAUUCUCGACAAUCUAUUUCUAUAUAAGUUAUAUAUUGAUCCAUAUCAAAAUACCAUAAAGGUCAGUGAUAUAUAACAUUAGGUAAUUAUUAUUAUUUUAUCUAUUGAUUUGGCAGUUAUGCUAAUAUCAGCAUGUGCAUUGUGGCUGUAUUAUCUAGUCUAACAUGUCUAAUGGGAACUCAUAGACCUGCAUAAUAAUUGAGUAGCUCUGCCUCUAUGUGGCUGUGAUCCUGUGAACCAUUGAGCUAGUUGAAGUAUUUUAUUCCACCCUUGACGGGAGAGUCACAAGUGGCAAUGUACAACAACAAAUGCUAGUUCAAUCCUCCAUUCAUGUCAUGUCUUUUAACAUUCUUUUAGGCAAAGGGAAUCACAUGGCUGGGCCCCAAGUUAAGGAUUGAGGAAGGAUGUCUACCUCUUAUUGUAGAAUUGAAAAGUUACAUGGCUAAGAACAUAGAUACAGAAAGUCAUGAAGCAUUCUGCCUAAUAUUUCUAUGUACCUAAAUUGUUGGGGAACUUUAGUGAAUGGGAAAUUAUCCUUCUUAUUCCAGAUAACUUUGGCCCUAGUUUGACAAAAGUCUUCUAAAAAUUGAUGAGGCAUUUAAUUGGCUUAACUAAAUGACUGUUUUUGUUGACUGUUACUCGCUGUUCGUUGUUCAUGUUUAAGAGGAAAGACAAGGUCUUAGCAAAUUUCCAUAUAUCAUGGUUCCAAUAUUCCUGCCCUUCAUGUUCAAAUAAAAAUGACAAUUUCCUGUACUAUAUAGCUUUAUUAUAAAACUGUUAAACCUAAGCCACUUAUCUUAUUACUUAGUAAUACAUAAAAAUAUUUUAUAACAAACUAUAUUAUGUAACUAUAGUAUUGCAUAAUUUAUAUAACUUCUAAUCGUUCUUCAAAUAGGGCUCAUAUACACUCAAGUAAAUGUUCCUGUAAAGUACAUUAAUAGGUUGUGUGUAUGUUAAUAAAAACAUUUUAAGAAAAAAGAAAAAUAUAUUUAGAGAACCUGAACACAGUAUAAAGUCAACUAUAUUUGCCACAUUCUGUAGGU